UUUUUAAUUGAGCAGACGUCGUGACGGUCGGAGUGGGGAUGGUUGAAUAGGGGAUUGUUUUGCGUAUUUUUACAACUUUUCCAGAAUAUGUAACGAAAUUGGUGCACCAAAUGAAGUGCGUUGUGAGUUGAAGAAGCAGUAAAAAUCAAGUGGAGUCUAAAACGAUGAGUAAAUCCAAGGAUUCAGACGCUGUCGCUGCCAUUUUGGAUUAUUUGAACCGACAGAAUAGGCCCUACAGUGCCAUCGAUGUCUUCAACAACCUACACAAAGAAUUUGGAAAGACAGCUGUUGUUAGGGCACUGGAGGAUCUUGCUCAGAAUGGAAAGAUCAAGGAAAAAGUUUAUGGGAAACAGAAGGUGUAUGUGGCUGAUCAGAGCCAGUUUCCUGAAGUGAAUGAAUCAGAGUUGAAAACUAUGGACAGCCAAAUCAAGGAGCUCCAAGAUAAACUCCAGAAGUCACAAAGUACUUGCAAGCAGCAGGAACAAGGUCAAAACUUACUGAUCCUGGCCGCUUACUCAUUUUCCUAUAUCAAGUCCAAUCGGGAGAAGUUGGCAACGAUCAAGUCAGCCACAAAUCAUGUCACGCCAGAAGAGAAGGACAGAAUCUACUCCAGUCAAACCAAAUAUGUCAAGGAGUGGAAGAAAAGAAAAAGAACGACAAUGGACAUAGUCAAUGCAAUUCUGGAAGGCUAUCCCAAGACCAAGAAGCAGUUAUUUGAGGAUGUUGGACUAGAGACGGAUGAAGAGUACAAUGUUACCAUUCCAGAUUAAUGGGAAGUGUGUGAAUGGAAAUAGAGAGUGUUCCUAGUUCUCACUACUGCUGUUCCUAGCCCAGAGGGGCAUUCCAUGUCUGCAGUGCCAUUCCAGAUCCAGGGUGUAUUUCAUUAUCUACCGUGCUGUGCCAACUCCAAGGACUUUGCUACUGUGUUUUUCCACAUCCAGAGCAACGUUUCUUCUCAUCUAUUUGCCCUUCUCACUCCAGGAGAACAGUACUUACUGGUGAACUGAAUCCACCAAUGUACGUAACAUGUAAUGUACAUGCAAUGAUGAUAUUUUAAGAAGUGACACAGUCGCCAUAAAAUUUAUUUCAUAAUUUCCAUUAUUUUGUAUGGUUCAAAUUUUCAGUAUUCAGCAAAAGAGAAAUUUGCUAGGAAAGCAUGAUACUUGGCUUUUGUACGUUCUUUGGUUAAAACCUCUGUACAAAUAACACUUCGAAAUGCAGUAGGAAAAAUACACAUUGUGUAUGUACAAAUUUGACAAUGUAGCUGCUUGCAAAUGAAUCGGUCGUCAAGAAACAACAGGUUACAUCUCAUCAGACAAACAGUGAAGCAUCAUUUAAGAAACAUAUUUAAAACAGUGUCAGCCUUUUGUAUGAAUCGUUCAUUGCGUGAAUACAAACGGUUCCUGCAAAAAUUGGGGAUUUAAGUUCAUGUUGUCUGUACUUGUUCUCUACAAAGCAUUUUUGGGUUGAAAAACUUGGCUACGGUUGGAAGACAAAGCAGAUGAGAAAUGCUCUAUUUCAAAACGGCUAACAAAAAUACGGACUUUUUUCAAUUUUUGGAGGUUUUUAAAACCUCAGCUAAAAAGUAAUAAAUUCUGUAAAAAAAAGAAAAAGAAAAAAAGGAUUUUGUUAGGGGUGGGUAGGACUUCAUAGACCAACCUACCCUACUCAGCCUUAUUGAACCUGCAUGGGAGUAAGAAAUACAUUUACUUAAAAUCACUAUCUUAAAGGUUCAAACCUGAAGCCAUAAAGAAAAAUGUUUCUGGAAUAUUUCAGUUAGGAUUUAAUACAAUACAGAGUAAAAUUGAGGGAGUGUUGAACAUCUGUGUUCACAGAUCUGUGACUAAGAGCACCAUCCAACAAAAAAAAAAGCCUUUCCAUAUAAAUAGGCAGCAGGUGCACACCGUUAAUUACCUGGAAGUUUAUACAUAUGCCAAGGUGUUAAAUACUGGUUUCUGAAGGUUGCCGGUAAUUUUGUCAUCUUGUCACAUCCUGUGGCAGUUAAUGUGUUAAUUGUUUAUGGAGACACCACAUAAUUGCAUUGACUUGAAUCCUCUGGCUGUGACUGUCCUUUCAACUUUUAGGUUUGUGCAUGGCCAGAACAGCCGGUGUUGGAAGUUGCUUUUGAGUAGAGAGGAUGCACGCAUUCAAAGUGGCAACACAAGGCAAAAGUACAAAUGAACAUGUUUCUAAAUAAGGACAAACAUGGCUUGUUCUUUUACUUUAGAGAAAGUUAUGUUGUGGCAUCGCCAAGGUAGAUGUUUGGACCAUACACUUCUUGUCAGAUAACAGAUUUUGUGUUAAAUUCCGACACCUUCAAUUUACAAUCACUCACGCCAGGAACACCGCGUCUCCUGAAAAACCUCAUUUACAGCCCACUACUCAAAGUGCAAACGUCAUGCCUGUUGAGUUCACACACUUUCUCGUUACACCCUCUGAAACCAUCCAGUUUCAUAUCAAGGGGUUGAAUGUACUGUACCAAGACACAGGAAGGGUCUAGUUUUAGUCAUUCCAAGACAGGAAGAGUAAUUUUCAUUAAAGUGUGGCUGUCUUGUAAAAAAUGGAACAAUUGCCCUACAAAUGCUUAGGUUUCACUCUCCUGAAGCCAAACAUUCCACGUCUUUCUGGUUUCCAUUUU